GAUUCCGAGUCAGAGUCCUGCCGCCUGACAAUCACGUACACUGACGGGGAUGAGAAGUUGCAGCAGUGUUCAGAGGAUUUACUGCGCGCUACACCGCAGCCGGAUACCCAUGCUCUUUGUUUGAUAUGACCUCGGACUGUGAAAGUUACUACAGUAAAGAAAACGUGCUCGUGGAGGGCUUCACGUGUCCAAAGGCGGACAGUGACAGCACGGCACUUUUCUGCUGCGGGUUCAGUGACUUGAAGUACUGUUGUGAUGAUCCCAACAGCUUUUUUCCUUACGAGUAUGGAUACAUGUGGUGGUUAAGGUAAGCGAAGAAAACAGCAGAGCAUUCAAUCUGCUGCGUAUUUUCUUAAAACCAUCAGGACCGGCUUCUGUGAGGUGAAUGCAGUUGUUCCUAUUUUAAUGCAUGCUGUAUUAUCUGCAAAGCGUGCCUCACUGGGUAAGUUUUCUCCUGCUGCAGUGACUAACUCUGUUUUAAGCAAUUUGCAUGCUAAAGCAUCUGAAGCCAUUUGAGUUUCAAGGGCCACUUGUGAGUUAAGAGAUGUGAUUUACUGUUUGUGUAGGAGUAUCGUCACCCUCUUGAUAUUUAGCUGUCUCUCCAGUCAAGCUACUUGGCUCAUGAGCUGGGAGCCAAAGAUCAAUUAGGACGGCUUUUUAAUGAGAGUACACUUCAUCUUCAGAGAGCCAGUGAGGACCUUGUAUGUUGCUAGCUUGCCUUGCUUCAUAAAUCAUGUUUUAGUAGAUUACUGUCAGAUAUGACAGAAAAAUAAGGAGCUCAGGAGAUUCUCUGCUAACAGGCAUAGGGAUAAUUUAUACAUGCACCAUUUAUUCAUGUAUAAUUUUCUAUAACACUCCCUCCUCAUUUCCACUUGCGUGGCAGGGAUUCAUAAAUAUAUCAUUCUUCUUAUUAUUAUUAUUACUACUACGAGUAAGGAAGUGCAUUUCUUUUCAGAUGGAGAGAAACCUGAUAGAAAUUUCCCAUGUUCAAAUGGAUAGGCUAAUUUUGUCUGAUAACUCUAGCUGUAUUUCAUAUAAAAGUGAUAUUUGCAUGCUUAUUUGAAAUACAAUUUUUAGCAUCAUAACAUCACCCAGAUUCAGAAUGUGUCAAAAAAUAGAUUUAAACAGACUCUUGACAAAUACAUCUUUAUCAAGGCAAAGAAGUCCAGAAAACCAUAAGAAAUGGUCUUUGGAAUAUUGUUCACAUAUAGAUUAACAAGAUACAACAAAAGUAUCUCCUCGGGUUCCAGCAGAAUCAGAGACACAGGAGAUGAAAGCUAUACAAAAGAGGCUCUUGAAAAAGUAAUAGUUGAAAUCAGUAUCAAAUAAACAAAGUCAGAAAAUCAAAGCAUCUUCUGGGAAAAAGGCAAAUCAACUUUCGAAAAGGCAGUGGGGUAAUGAGGCAGACAGUAAUAUUUAAUACAAACAGAACUGGUACAACAAGAGGUAAGGAAACUAGUUGGAAAGAGCAGAUGGUAACAAGCAGGCAAGGUAGAGGACACAUCAGCUUCGAUAGUGCUUUUUUUUUUUUUUUUCUUAGGAAAAAACACCCGACAGGAUCGUGUAAUAAAUGCAAUGAAGCAGAAACAGUUGACCAAAUACUAUUAUCAUGCAUGUUUGCAUUAUAUAAAUUUGUUAUCAAGUAACAGAUAAACCAUUGGAACAAAAAAAAAGACUACCAGAUUUGAGAAAUGGGAAUUACUGAAGGGAAGCAUGUGAAUACUUGGUUAACUAAAGGUAAAAGGACUUGACUUAAGACUUGAGUCAGACCGUGUGGUGUAGGGAACUGUCAAUUUUGGCCAAAAAUAAAAUCCGAUUUUUUUUCUCUGAAAACUCUAUUUUCAAUUUUUAUUUUCUAUUCAGUGACAACACCAAACUUUACUUUAAAAAUGAAAAGUUUUUCUAUCAUCUCUCAAAACCAAACCACUGAAAUCAACGUGGUGCGUGUGCAAAGGCAGUAAGUGGUGCUGUAACAGUGCCCAGGAAAUGCACUUACGACAGAAGAAGAGUACGGAGCAUGAGCAUAAAGGUUUUUUCGGCCGGACACGCACAGGAGCCACAAAAGAGUUAUGUUGUGUGUCACAUGAUCGUUUGGAGAGAUGCAGAUAGGCAUGCACAAGGAGAUAAAAUGGUAGUCAUUUACAGAUUCAUGCACUCCGUUUUCAAAAAGUACCAUUUACAGUCACCCGAAAUGUGGAUUCCGUGUGGAUGAAAUGCCAAUAUGACAAAAUCUUUGGCAUUUACUUCUAAAUUCGUUUCUGUGUGGACGGGUGGAUACCACCUUCAGACAGACUUUGCAGAGGGAGGUGGAUUGCUCUUCUUCCAAAACUGUGAAGCCGUACCAAUUCCACAUGACUGACUUGCUCUUGCCCUAUUUAGCCAUGAAACUAUCACCUUUUUUUGCAAAUGCAUGUUUGUUUACACUGGUGUAUGUGGGAACUGGGCACUCUUGCAGGAAGGGUGAGCCUAUGGUGGCCUGGAGGCGCAAGACAUAUAGACAUACUUGCCAACACUCACAUUUUUCUUUUUCUCCCGUAUUUCAGACCUAUCUCCCGCCCACGUCCCGUAUUGUCAUUUCUCCAAGGAAUCUCCUGUAGUUUGAUGGUCCACGUUCAUUCAUCAAUUGGAUCACUAUAUUUGUCCAAAGUUGCCAGGUUUCCAGACAACUGAAGAUUGUCCUGUGUUUCUGCUGAGCCUCACAGACACUGGAUUGAUACUUUUACUUUACAGUUUGGGAUGAUUCAGGUCAGUUUAAGUUGUAAACUAUAUUUAAUCAGUGUUUGUUGCAAAAUGAACACUUCGAUGAAAGGGAAACAAACACAAGAUAUAAUAUUUGCAUUGACAGUCCUUCACCAUCAACAAGUGAUGCGUUCAGGGCAGCCUCAGAUAAAAGAGUGCUGUAUUGCAUGCACAGAUGUUCAGAGAGCCUCAUACGGGAGAGCAUGUAAAACAUAUGAGGACUUUAACACCAUGUAUUAGUGGACUAAAUAAGUUCAAGGUAUAUCUUAGCUAUUAUUUUUUUUAUUACCAUUUGUUAUUGUUGAAACAAAACAAAAAGUGUGCAGCUUUAUUUGUACUUAUUUGGAUGAGCAAUCUCGUUACAAAUACUCUCAUAAUUAGCUUACAUCCACCGUACAAGGUAACCCCAAAACUGCCCGGCGCGCGCUGCAAAAGUCUCGCGGAUUUUAUAACACAAAUGUUGGCAGGUAUGGAUAUAGAGGAUUUGAGGAUUUUGAUUUUCUUUUUUAGAAACGACAUAAUUAAAUAAUCUGAUUACAAUUUAUAAUCAAUUAAUCGUGCAGCCCUACCUUCGUGUACUCAAGGGGCAUCCAGGGACUAGAGAGCUUUCAUAAAUAAGCCCAAUGGGUAUUAUGGAGGUACCCAAUGUGAUGGAAUGGAGUUUCGCCCUCCAUAUAUAUAUAUGCAAGUGGAAAUAAGGGGUAAGUUUAAAAGGCAGAUCAAAGAUGUUUUCUUUUUACUUGUAACCCUGAAAUUUGAGUACUAUCCUCUUUUAAGGUAAAAUGGCUCCAGGAUUUUCUAACUUAUUAUUUUUAGUAUGCAAACCAACUCAUAUCUAAUGGUAUGGAAUUUGGCUGUUCAAGGCUAUUCAUGCUUUUGCAAAUUUUUAUUAAGUUGACAUGCAUUCCACCACAAUGAAUAAUAAACUCUGACCACUGUAAUCUUUUGUAGCCUUAAAAUGGGAAAGCUUUUAUGGUCAGGUUUAAAAGUUUUCUUUUAUAUUUCCUCACGUAGCAUGCAGCUAGUAUUCAGUUAUGAGAUAUCUGUCGAUAGAAGUGGAGAGUGCUGCACUGGGUCAACAAAUUGGAAAAAGGUUGUGAAGUAAGGUGCUUCUCAAGGGAAAGGUACAGAAGGUCAAAUUACAAAAUGAACAAGAAUUGACUGUCAGUAGUUUUUUCUUGCAUUGUUCAAGGUGAAGACUGGCAGCCCAGACUGAAAAUCUGAGGCCCUCUGAUUCAGUCUAAAAUGCUCUAAUGAACAGGACUGUAUUUUACUCAGAUGUGUCUUCAUCAAAACACAGUGAUCAUGAUUGUGAUGAAGACUCAGUGGGUGGACACAUCCCUGUUUAUUAAAGGAUUUCUAUACCAAAUCAGAAUGCUUCAUAUUUUGAGUCUGGGCUGCCAUGAGUGUUUGUCCUGAGAUUUUAUUUUCCACAUCAUACAGUGAAAGUAGGAGGACUAUAAAUAGUGGUGCUCAUAGAAGUGCAAAAAAGAACUAAGUGUAAAACACAUUUGCUUCUUUACCCAGAAAUCCCAUCUUGUUAGUUUAAGUGACGGACAGAUUUUACUCACAAAGGUUGUUUAAGGGAUUAUGUCUACAGUAAUUUUACAAUACAUUACAAACCAAAUUUUAUUCAUUCCAGUUGGAAGUGUAUCACUAACAACCAAUCAAUCAAAAAAAACAUGGAGACUCUGUGCUGUCCCCAGGUCUUCAGGUAGGCUUUUCCCACAGAUGUGGGCCAUUAUAAUGAAAAGCUGCCUCACCCUAUGUCUUUGUUCUGACUUCAGGCACUGAUUAGAGUUCACUACCUGAAGACCUGAGGGCUCCCACAGACUUAUAUGGUAAAAGCAGAUCUAAUAAAUAAGUUGGUAUGAGACAAUGAAGAGCUCUAAAAACCAAUAAAAGAACAUUAAAAUUAAUUCUAAAAGAUACUGGAAGCCAAUGCAGAGACUUGAAAAUGGGAAAAUGUGAGCUUUCUUCCUGGUCUUUGUCAGCAUUGUAGCAGCUGAGUUUUGGAGAAGCUGAAACUGAGAGAUGUUCUUUUUGGGAGGACCAGAGAAAGGAGUGUUACAGUAGUCAGGUACAGGUUAUACAAGUAUGAACAAGAGUCUCUAGCUUGAAAGGGAAACUGUCCCACUCUAGCAAUUUUUUUCAGGUAAUAUAAAGCUUUCUAUGUAACGUCUCUCUAAUGUGUGUCUCAAGAUUUUUUUGAUCAGAUUUUGGUCAAAUAUCACACCUAGAUUCCUCACUUGUUUACAUGUAUUUAAUGAGUGUUUGGAGUUUUGUGUCCAGUUCCUCUCUCUGAGUACCAGUACCAGUGACUAAAACCUGAGUUUUGUCCUGGUUGAGCUGUAAAAAAUUGUCCUCCAUCUAUGACUUAAUAUCUAAACUACAGUUAAAAAGGGUAAAAAUUGGUCACAACAAUUGGUAACACAACUUUUAUUACUUACUUGUAACUGACACAGAAAUUCAAUAGCUUUUGCAGAUAUCAGUCUUUGUUGUUGUUGUAGACGUGUUUCUUCAUUUUUUCCAUAAACUAAACAUUUAGCCGAUAAUAUAUGAAUUUUUCCAUUUUAUAAAAAAACUGGAUGAACAGAAAAACCCUCCUGCCGACAUUUGAGACCACUAAAGGGACUUCUGUUCUGGCCUACUCAGUUCUUUCCGCAGUUUUGUCAGGGUUUACAAUGAGUCCAAAAGUUCUUGCUCAGUUGUGUGGAGGUUGGAACAGCCUUGAGGGAUCUGAAAAUAGUGAUUGAUUCAUUUGCAUUUUCUUAAUUCUUGGUACCACUGUUCCUCCUUAUUCUUUGGCCAGGUUGUGAUGAACCAACAGUGUGGUACUGUGAUAUUGCUACUAGAAGCAGUGCUUUAGUGUUGAAUAUGUAGGAGACAGUGAGUAGCUUAAGCCCUACCACUAGAUUUAUGGAUUAUCAGUUUAAAAAACAGUUGACUGACCUUGUGAUUGACAGUUUUGUAACUGCAGGCUGAUUGUUUAGAACAUCACAGUGGAGAAGAAAGGGGAGAAGGUAAUAAACAUUAAUUCAUGAGUCAUUACAUUUUGAAAACUGUUAAGAGUCAAAUCAACAAACAAAUCUCUUGUGCUGUAGAUUUUACCAACCUGAGGGAUCUUUGAUGCUUUAUCAGUGUUUCUUAGUUUGUGUUGCAGGUGGGAUGCUGCAAACCAGACUUCUACACAUGCCUACGUUCCCCAGAAACAAAUGUUGUCUCCAAAGGCUGUUUUUGCUUUAGGCAGAGUGGGUGACCGCCCAGGGCGCAAUCUAUGUGAUGGCGCACAAGCUCCCUCCCCCGAAAAAAAAAAAAAAAAUAGAAAGAAACCUCACUGGUUUUCUAGACUACCACUCAUUUUCACCACACGUGAAGUGGUAGUUGGGGUGCCCCUCUUAUCAUGUCAACUUACUGCUCAGAGUCAUGUAUACAGGUUAUGUGUCACUCACUGUCAGAAGAAAAGGCAAGGGGGGAGGGGGCGGGCCAGCACUCAGGUGCUCAAGCAGUAGAAGGAGGAGGGAGGGCAGAGAGAGAGCAAGAGGAAGAGAUAGAAGGAAAAGGAGCAACUGUGGCAUUUCUGGCCACACACAACAGUGGGGUUUUUGGGGUGGGCUCCCCAAGGUUGUGAAACUAGCCAGGACUGCCUCUGGUUGUUACCAGGGCAGGCAAAGUCUGUUUUGCUUCAGAGCUCACAAUGGGCAAAAAUAAAGUGACAUUGUUGAUUCUACAUACAAAGUUUAGAUCUUGAGAAGUGUUAUUGCUCUUGAUUCUAUAUUAAUGUAAUGUUUGGGGUCUUAAUAAAGAAAUUUGAUCCUUGUCUUUCAGGCCCUUUCAAUCUGUUCUUUUGUGUAAGAGCGAAACUCAUGUAAAAUGUCAUCAACACAUCUCUUUUGGAGUUUUGCUCCAGUGCAAUUAGCCAGCUCUGACUGUUCUGCAUCAUUAUGUGUCAUUAUCUAUAAUAAGAAAUUCCACUAGCACUUUUACUGAAGGCUUUACUUUUCUAAUGUUGCAGAGUAAGUGUGUGUGUGUGUGUGUGUGUGUGUGUGUGUGUGUGUGUGUGUGUGUGUGUGUGUGUGUGUGUGUGUGUGUGUGUGUGAUAUGGUAUGAAAACAGAAUUCAUCACUCCAUGCUGCCCAGAAGUGAAGCACAGGAACAGCAGCAGCAGUACCAACCAUACAUGUUCUCAUCAUUUUGGAUCUCCUCUAGCACAAUUUAGGCUUCCAUAGCAUGGUUUUAUUUUCUCUGAAUGUUGUGUCUCCACCCAGCUGGUUCCAGUAUUAGUUCAGAGCUAGUGCCUGAUUUGGAACCGGUUCUUUGUUUUUACGCCACCAAAAAACUGGCUAAAAUGGUUCCAGGGGACCACCAACUCCUUGCUGGGUGAUAGGAAAGACCUACUUAGGUCUUUUUAACAUAUUUUUAUUUAUUUAUUAGUCUUCCCAGAAACAUAGGGUCAUGGAGCUGUACAAACACUUUAUACUUUUUUUUUAUUUAAAAUGGACUCUAUUUUAUCUCCGAAGUGAUAAUGAAAAAACUGGUUUACACAACACUGAAGUACAGCAGAGUCCUCUAUGCUGUACCUCAGUGUGGUGUAAAUGUAUCCAAACUUAAUCCUGAUCGAUCAUUGAGAGGACUAUGUAAUGUUGAUCAAUACUUGCUUUGUGGACACUGUGGAUUGGCUCGGUCACACAGCGCUCCAUCAUAUCAUUAGUCCAGCUUCAGUUUUUCAGUGGUGCUGCUUGAUUGGGUCUGAAAACUGGUGGAUGGUGAUAGACGAGAGGGUACCGAGCCAAACCGUACUGAUGUUAACUGUGUAUUUAAAUGUACUGAAGGACUCCAACAGACCUCUGAAAGGCAUGCUGGGGUUUCUGAAACCAAGUCAUUUGCUGCAGUUCCUUUAGGUUCUGUGAGUCAUGAGUUGGACACAGAUGAGAUCUAGGAAUUUAGAGAGUUCAGUUGGGUUCAAGACCACCUUCCUAGAUUACUCCAUACUCUAGUCUUAAUGUGCAUAUGCUUCAUUGCAGGGCCUUUCAGUGGGGGACAAGAAUCAAUAUGAGCAACUUUGACUAAGGCUGUGCAACCCAUAAGCAAUCAAAUGUGAUGUACUAUGUGUUCUGAUACCUUUUUAUUCGAACCAAUAUUAAGUAAUUCAGCAAGCUGAGCCCCGUUAGUUCUCUUGUUGAAUAACCACUGAGCUGUCUUGUGCUGAUUGAAGACCAGACGUGCUGCUGUGUUCUGGAUCAUUUGCAGAGGUUUAACUGUGCAAGCAGAGAGGCAUGCCAGUAAGGAGUUGCAGUAGUCAAUGUGUGAUAUUACAAAAGCCUAAACCAGGAGCUGUGUUGCAUGAUCUGUCAGGUAGGGUCUGAUCCUCUAGAUGUUAUACAUUGUCUUGGUCUUGAUUGGUUUUGUUGGAGGCUUAAAACAACACAUGAUCACUUCUGUAGAUAAAGCAAUACUUCGUCAAUUCUGUGACAGAUCCUGAACUGGAAUUAAAAUUUGGCCUUGUGUCACAGAGCUAAGUCAGACCAUAACGUUUGUUUGGUUAAACACUGUGAAUGCCGCCUUUGGCUACUUAAGGCUGACCUGUGUACUGUUAGUUAAGUCAGGUUAGCAAAGCUAUGUGGGCCUGCGGAUGUUUGGUAAUUCUUAGUCACUCUAGCCUGUAAGAUGAGAGCUUGCAGAUUAUCCUAUGUUUAAUAUGUUGUAAAAAGGAUGCUGGAGUCACUGGAUCCCUCUGUUUUUUGUUUUUUUUUGUUUUUUAAACAGCAAGUUUUCAGUCAUAUUCUUUUUAAAUUCUAAGAAUUUUUUUUUUAGUAACCUUUAUGAAAAAGCAAGAUUUGCAAUUUGCACAAAGGUCUUCCUUGAAAUUGGCUGCAAGGACAAAUUUACAUCUUGCUGUUGAUCUUUAUGUUCAUUCAGAGCUUGAAUAUUUUGGCUUUUCAGACAAAAAACACCUUUGUGCAUCUACUUUACUCUAACUAGCUGCUGCUACUGUAGCAUACAAGUGACGCACCUGCUAUGUCUGUAUUCUUUUGUAGUCUUGGAGCUCUCGUGGGACUCUCUGUAGCAGCUUUAGUUCUGCUGGCUUUCAUCAUCACUCUCUGUGUCCUCUGCUAUCUCUUCAUCACCACCAAACCCAGAGGCCUGGACAACGGGCUGCCGCUCCGAGCACCAGGUACAGAUUCAUCUCUAUCUCUUUGUACUCAGUUUGCUUCUAACACAUCAAUAAAUAGGCUGAAUUAUUUAGUGGCAACCCUCUGACACUUAUUGAUGGAUGACCAAGCAGUUUAAAUGAAAGAAACUGGUAUUUGCAGAUGAACAAGCUGGUUUUAUCUGGUCUAAAAUCCUGAUGAUGCUGUCAUUGCUCUUCACUAUCAAAAAAUAAAGUUGCCUUUUUAACCUUUGGGGUUGUUUGAAAAGCACUUUGAAGAUAUUGAAUUUCCAGCUUUGUGCGUCUAUGCUCUCUUUAAUUUAUCCAACAGUGGUACUAGGGCUGCACUAUUUUGGCUGAAAUUAAAAUCCAAUUUUUUUUCUCUGAAAACUCAAUUUUCAAUUUCGAUUUUUUUAUAGUGACAAAUUCACCAAACUUCACUUUAAAAAUAAAAAGUUUUUCUGUCAUCUCUCAAAUAGAAACCACUGAAAAUUAUGGAGUGCAUAUGUCAAGCCAGUAAAUGGCACUGUUAUGCUGCUGAGGAAAUGCACAAAAGACAGAAGAACAGUACAGAGCAGAGUCUGUGGCUGCAGGUUCAAAAUGAACUAUGCAAAAAACAAAACAACAACAUAACAAAAACAAAAAAAAACAAUCCAGAAACAGCUGCUGCCUCCCUGGGCCCAAACCCGUUUCAUAUGAAUUGAGGUGAAGUGGGAAAUCUUUCUGUGAUCUUAUUGAUCAAAAUUUGACACUCUUUCUGGAAAUCAUGGAUGUUACAUACUCUGCUCUCUAGGAAAGGACACUCAGCCUUUGAUCGAUCUUGGCAUUUAUGAGGGUAUUAAGAUGCAGUUUUGAUGGCAUGUCUAGUUCAGACAACUGUAAGUCAACAUUGAUGCUGAACAAUGUAUAUCAGCUUUGGUGCAUCAUAAGCUGUCAUCCAGGUGAUGACUUUUUCCAAGAAAGACCCUGAAUAUUUCAGCAAAUCAAAGUCAAACCUCAUUCUACAAAUACUGCAACAGCAUUGUUUCUUAGAAGAAGAGGUGAACUCGACUGUCUAUUGGCCUGACUUGUCAACCAUUGAAACAUUUGGCGCAUCAUAAAACAAAAAUAGAAAUGCAAGGGAAAAUCUGAACUGUUGAGCAGCUGAAAUCCUGUAUCAGGCAAGAUUGGAACCAAAUUUCACUUUCAGAGCUCUAGGGACUGGUUUCCUGAGUUGCAAAACAUAAAGAGAAUGGUAAACAAGCCCUUGUCUCAACUUUUUUUAAAAGCUAUUGUUGGCAUAUGCCAUUUUCUGAGUAUAUAUUUUUUCAUAAAACAAUGAAAAUUUUGAGUUUUUCCAUCUGAUACAGUGUCUUUUAGCUCAUCUCAAUGAAGUAAAGGGUAGCUUUCAAACUAUUAAAAUCUGUUUCCGUGAACAUUUUGUGCAGUGUCCCAAUGUGUGUGUUUACUGCAGUUAUAACUUAAAGAGAAACACCAGACUAAUGAAGAAAUGGAUAACACAAAGAUUCAUGAUUUCCUGGAUACUACAAAACCCAAUUCCAUUGAAGUUGGGAAAUUGUGAUAAACGUAUAUAAAAAACAGAAUACAAUGAUUUGCAAAUCCUUUUCAACCUAUAAUCAAUUGAAUACACUACAAAGACAACAUAUUUAAUGUUCAAACUCAUAAACUUAUUAUUUUUUUUAAAAUAAUCAUUAACUCAGAAUCUGAUGGCAGCAACACGUGACAAAGAAGUUGGGAAAGGUGGCAAAAAAUACUGAGAAAUUUAAGGAAUGCUCAUCAAACACCUAUUUGGAACAUCCCACAGGUGAGCAGGCUAAUUGGAAACAGGUGGGUGCCAUAAUUGGGUAUAAAAGCAGCUUCCCCAAAAAUUCUCAGUCAUUCACAAGCAAGGAUGGGGUGAGGUUCACCACUUUGUGAAAAACUGCAUGAGCAAAUAGUCAAACAGUUUAAGAAUAACGUUUCUCAAAGUACAAUUGCAAGGAAUUUAGGGAUUUCAACAUCUACGGUCCAUAAUAUCAUCAAAAGGUUCAGAGAAUCUGGGGAAAUCACUGCACGUAUAUCACCACAUGGGCUCAGGAACACUUCAGAAAACCACUGUCAGUAAAUACAGUUCGUCGCUACAUCUGUAAGUGCAAGUUAAAACUCUACUAUGCAAAGCGAAAGCCAUGUAUCAACAACAUCCAGAAACGCUGCCGGCUUCUCUGGGCUCGAGUGCAUCUAAGAUGGACAGAUGCAAAGUGGAAAAGUGUUCUGACGGUCUGACGAUUCCACAUUUCAAAUUGUUUUUGGAAAUAGUGGAUGUCAUGUCCUCGAGGACCAAAAAGGAAAAGCACCACCUGGACUGUUAUCGACGCAAAGUUCAAAAGCCAGCAUCUGUGAUGGUAUGGGGGUGCAUUAGUGCACAAGGCAUGGGUAACUUACACAUCUGUGAAGGCAACAUUAAUGCUGAAAGGUACAUACAGGUUUUGGAGCAACAUAUGCUGCCACCCAAGCAACAUCUUUUUCAUGGAUGCUCCUGCUUAUUUCAGCAAGACAAUGCCAAGCCACAUCCUGCAUGUAUUACAACAGCGUGGCUUUGUAGUAAGAGUGUGGGUACUUUACUGGCCUGCCUGCAGUCCAGGCCUGUCUCCCAUUAAAAUGUGUGGCACAUAAUGAAGCGUAAAAUAUGACAACGGAGACCCCGGACUGUAGAACAAUUUAAGCGGUACAUCAAGCAAGAAUGGAAAAGAAUUCUACCUUCAAAACUUCAACAGUUAGUCUCCUCAGUUCCCAAAUGUUUAUUGAGUGUUGUUAAAAGGAAAGGUGAUGUAACACAGUGGUAAACAUGUCCCCCUGUCCCAACUACUUUGGCAUGUGUUGCUGCCAUCAAAUUCUAAAGUUAAUUAUUAUUUCCAAAAAAACAAAGUUUAUGAGUUUGAACAUUAAAUAUCUUGUCUUUGUAGUGUUUUCAAUUGAAUAUAGGUUGAAAAGGAUUUGCAAAUCAUUGUAUUCUGUUUUUAUUUGCAUUUAUCACAGUUUCCCAACUUCAAUGGAAUUGGGUUUUGAACUUGAGAAAGCAAUAUGGCUGAUGUUAAGUUUAAUAUUGUCCUGCCUUUUGAAAUCUGCCCUCUUCAGCAGAAAGUUAUCCUGCUUCAAUUUUUAGCCUCUGGGCUCUAUUUUCGUGUACGCCGGUGAGGCGGUGGAGGAUGGCGGACCCCGUGCAGUUGUAUUAUCGUCUGGCGGAGCCCGGCGUACAGCCAGUUUGGUAUUUUCGUUGAUUGAGGUGCACCGAGAUCUGCCAAGCUGGGCGUGGUGGCGUGGCAGGGGGAGGUGUCAACAGAAUCAGCGGGCGCAGUGACAUUUUCAUGCUCGCCAUGAAGUUAACAAGAUAUGUAAUUCGUCUCCCUCAUUUUCUUUCUUCCUCUUCCUCUUAUUUCUUGCGCAGCUCGACCUGGACAUGUCUCUGUGUUCUCUCCGUCCUGCUGCAGCUGUUUUGUGAGCCAGAUUUAUUUUAUAUGCCAACAUCUAUGAAAGAAAGAGCCAGGCCAUGGAGCGCGAUGCGUCAUUAUGCACAGAUGGUUCCGAUUUUAAUGCCAUUAUUGGAGUUUAUGUUGUGAUCUGUGCGCACAACCCACCUUUGUCACGUGAGGUUUGAAUAUAUGCAACUUUAUGUGAGUGUCUUUAUUUGUGGAAAAGGGUGUUUGUCUUACUAGUGGCUCAAACCUUGCACACACCAAAUCCAUCUGUGUUUAUAUGAGAGGAGGAGUGUGGAGGACGCCCUCUGCAGUGACACUUCUUGAGGAGCUGCAUUCUGUCGCCAUCGUGUGGCAUUGCUGUCUUCAGACAUCUCUUUAUCUCUUUGACUACUUCACGAAAAUAGUAAUACACCUCGCCAUUGGCAGAUUUAAAGGUGAGGAGAGGAGCUGAUGUUAUUGGUCAGUACAGGUCUCGGCUGUGUUAAACCCACUCCACGCCCUCUCUCCUCCCUCGCUACGUCUUACGCCGCUGGGAGGAGCUGAGUUAGGGAGGGGGGAUACUUACGCAGGGCUGCGCCGCUCACCAAAAUACCAAAUUGUGCUUGGGAACGCCUUGUCGGCGCGGCGGACCUGACUUACACUGCGCCUGCGGCACGUCUCCAGCAAGGCACGAAAAUAGAGCCCUCUGUGGUAAAUGAUCAGUUUUCGUUAUUAACCUCCAGUGAAAAUGUACUUGUUUAUUUGACUUUAACCGUUCUCUGCAUUACAUCCUUUUCAUUAUAUAAGAUCAGUGAAAAUGAUUGCAAGGUAAAUAGCUGCAGACCUGCAAGAUACAGCUUGAUUUGAUGUUUUCUGAUGGAAGAUAGCUGGUCAUAUUGGAAAAAAAAGAAAUAUAAGGGCACAUUGAAACCAACAUUAGGCUUGCAGGCUAGCAGUCACACAAGCUGGCAGGCUGAAGAAGAAACCUGAGCAAAAUGAGAAGACUGUUAUUACAAUCAAGGAAUAAUUAAAGCCAAUGAGCUGAUCACUCCAGUGAGGAGGCCUAAUGCAUGUGUCUAAAGGGGUGUUCAGACCAAACGCGACUUCGGCGACGUCGGCGACGGCUCCCAAUGCAAAGUCUAUGGACAGCCACGACCUGACGCGACCUGGCGACCGGUCGCCACGUCGCGUCGCCGAGGUCGCAGGACGCCAAGUCGCGACUAUCCGUGACUCCGUGCCGCGACAGCCAAUCAGAGCUCUGCUGACGUCAACAAACCGGCGAAACAAGGAGGAGGAGAAGAAGAAUCACAAUGGAGGAGCAGUUUAUCACUGCCGUGAGUUAUCACCCGGUCCUGUACGACGUGGGGUGCGCGUUUUACCGGGACCGCACCUCCAAGGAGGAGGCAAGGGCGAAGGUGGCCCAUGAUUUCGGGCUUUCUGGUCGUUUGUUUAUUUGUUUCAGUGAGCAGACUAUUUUCUGAAAACAUAGCAAACUUCCCCUGCUUGCUAGGCUACAUGCUUCAAUGUGUGUGUGUGUGUGUGUGUGUGUGCCGCGAGCGCUGGAAGGGGCUGCGGGAUGUAUAUAUGAGGGAGAAAAGGAGGGAGAAGGAAGGUGGGAGAAGAGGGUCAGCGGCGACCAGCCACGUCCUGCGACCGCAGCUUUGGACCCGUUGUGAACACACCAAGGUGCCACACGACGUGACCGACCGACGCGACGCGACCUGAUCGCGUUUGGUCUGAACACCCCUUUUGGCUGUUGCUUUUGAACAGUCACGGGCACUGAGGGGGUGAGGAGAAAAUGCUGCUGCACUGAUAAAUUGAUUGACAGCAGGGAGGCAGUUUGGACAGGUGCUCAUAAACAGCAGGGAUCCAAGAGCUGAGAGAGUGAAAGGAAGGGUAACGCCUACACUGAAGAAGCACAUAUUACAUGAGCUGUUGUUGUUGUUGUUGUUUUUUUUCUGCUGUCCCCUGUCUCUUUCUCACCCUCGUUCUCUACUCUCUCUCCCUCCCCCUCCCUCUCUCUUACUCAUUCUCUCUCUCCAUCCCCUUAUCUUGUUCUCUCUCUCUCUCCCCCUGCCCUCUCCCCUCUUCUCUCUCUCUCUCUCCUCUCUCUCCCUCCAUCUCUCUACAUUCCUCCCCAACCCAGCAGCGGCUUGGUGGCUGUCUAACAUGAAGGUGGUCCUGCCCAAGGUUUCUGCCUGUUAAAAGGAAGUUUUUCCUUGCCACUGCUACUCAUGUUAGAUGAGAUGGGCCAAAACCCAUCUUCGGUUGGUUCUUGAUCAUCAAACAAUGAGCGUGGUCAAGACCUGCUCUUGUUCUUUGAAAAGCGUCUUGAGAUGAUGACUGUUGUGAAUUGGUGCUAUAUAAAAUUUGAUUGAUUGAUUGAUUGAUUGAUUGAUUGAUUGAUAUAUAGAAGAACAGUCAGUAGCCAGGGGAAGGCACAGAAAAAUGAGUGAAGCCUAGCAAAAUACUGAUUAAUCUAGGGGGCAAUUAAUUAUCGUUAUUGGCAUUUUUAAAUAAUUAGCAUUCGCUGAUGCCUGCACUCACAACGUUGAUCUGAAAUAAAGCAAGGUCAGUAGACAGUGUAGGCAGCCUCAUCAGCAUCAUCUCCAGUCACUUCAUAAAUUGAUUAUGCUGAAUGAGCAGGCUGUGUGAUUGGAGUGGAUAAAGCCAUUCAUUUUUGAUGUGUUUGUUCAAUUGGCUUAAAUCUUGGUCUGUCAGCAAACUGAACUGUUCCGUCCACUAUAAAAACAGACUUCCUCUAAUAGUCCGGUACAUUUAGAGUGGUGUCAAACCUGAUUUGAACUCUGGUCUACCUGAAAAGAGGGGUCUUGGUUUGCGUCCAAUUGAACUCUGGUGUGGUUUGUUUGAUGUUUGAAAGCAAAGUGGACCUACUUACAACCCAAAGGCAUGUACAGGUGUAAAGGUUGGUACAUUGGUAGGAAUAAAAAACAAAACACAUUGCAGAUCUACAAUCCACAGUUCAUAGAAGUAAAACAUUCAACUCUAUAUGGAAUGUAAUUAACUCUGUCUGCAUGUGAUUCAAGACUUUGGAUUCUCUGUCAGUACCUUGUUGGGCUUUUGUGUGCCCAUGGCAACAUGUUCUGGUCUCUCACUCUCAACAGAACUCGCCUUUUUGGAUACUGAUUUAUUUGUCUCGUCUUAGGAAGAACAUGCUGGACAGCUUGCUGCCUAACCUGCUGCUCAUUCUCAGUGUCAUUCUCAGUGUCUGAUCAAACACUUUUAUUACAUGGGCACAAAAGGAAAAGCAGAAACCUCCAGACUGUAUAUAUUUGGUGUUGUCCUUUUGUUUAUUCAGUAAGUAAAUCUAUAAAAGGGGAUGUAUUUCCAUUUCUGGCCAACAGAUGAGCUUUUACAUAUCACAUACAUUUUACAUAUAAAAGGGUUAGAUUUUUUUAUUUGAAGAUACCACAUGAAGGUAUACAAGAUCAACAAAGAGAUACACAUCUGCUCUGCUCACUGGACUUACCAAAGAGACACAACAAUAAAGUCCCUUAUAGGACCUUUAAUGUGAUCCACUGUGAACCAGCCUCUCUCAGUAGUUUACUUACUGCCUUUUUUUAGCCCUAUUUUCCAUUAUUUAGCAAGAGUUCAGAGCUGGAGAGGAGCUGAGUUACCAAAGACUGACUGUGUUCAUUACUAGGUUAAUGAUUUGAUAGACCACAAAGUUUCUAAUCAAAUAAGUCUUUUCAGGUGGUGAAUCAAAAAGAGUUGUUUACCUGUCUGAUUAUAGAAGCACUUCACAGACUUGUGGUGGUUGUAUGACAGGAACAGGUAGCUUAAAAGGAAAGUACUUGUCAUCACAAGGACAUGUGAGGGCAAACAAGCAGAAAUCCUAUCCUGUCACAAAUGUAGUUUAAAAGAAACACAAAGGCAGCGAACAAGAUGUAUGUCGGGCACAGACACAAUAGCUGCUAAUUACUGCAAACACAAAAUAAAGCAACAGCACAGUGUUCUGCUCCUGUUGCUUGGUAUAUCUCUGUGUAGCCUUGACUAUCUUCUCUGCUCCUCUAUUCACACAGGAAGCCUCUUGUGAGGUGUGAUAGCAUUGUUUUGCAAGGCACACAGAACUAAGGCACAGAUCAGAGAACUAUAAAGCAGAAGGCAAAUGAUGUCAAUGGCUCAAACUAGUAGAAACUACUUCAUAUCAGGAACUGGUUUUCAAUGCCCGCCCAUACACACCUGCCUCAUUUGAUUAUUGAAAUGCCUUUUGGUUGAUUUUUGAUCAUUCGCCUCCCAUCGUGUGUAUUUGAGUGUCUGAACACAAUUUUAUGUAAGUGAGGGUUUUCUUUAUGCUUUUUCAGUCUGUUUUCAGCAAACAUGGUGGAGGUUGACUACACUGCAAGGAUUGGUUGUUUUUGCCACUUCAGCCAGGCACACACCAUACGAUUUUUAGGGUCUUAACCAUUUUCAAAAACACCAGUGCCUGUGCAGGACUCUCAAUUAGAAUUGGCUCUAAUGGGGGUUUCUUUGGCUUCUGAAGCUAGCCACAAGGGGACACUUGAGGACUGAGCAGCAGUUUUGUGCACCUCUUCUGCAAUUGAAGUUUCCACUUAACUAUAAGAAAGAAGCUCAAGUGGAAUUUCUCUGGUUAGAGCCAGCCUCAGGUGGCAGCUUGUUGAAGUGCAGUUUAUGACCCCUGCUACUCUGAGAGACACAGCACUUUGGGUUAUCAAUAUUAGUUAUUACUCCCUGCACUUAUCAUGGUAUUUGAGUAGCAGACCAAGGGCAUCAGAGUGUUGAAUCAUGGUAGAGACAGAGGGCUCUAUUUUUGUGUCUCGCUGGCAAUGCGGCGCAUGCGCGGCGUAAGAGAGGUCCGCCGCGCCGACAAGGUGUUCCCAAGCACAAUUUGGUAUUUUGGUGAGCGGCGCAGCCCUGCGCAAGUAUCCCCCCUCCCUAACUCAGCUCCUCCCAGCGGCGUAAGUCAUGGCGAGGGAGGAGAGAGGGCGUGGAGUGGGUUUAACACAGCCGAGACCUGUAUUGACCAAUAACAUAAGCUCCUCUCCUCGCCUUUAAAUCCGCCACCGGCGAGGCGUAUUAUUAUUUUCGUGAAGUAGUCAAAGAGAUCAGGAGAUCUCUGAAGACAGUAAUGCCACACGAUGGCGACAGAAUGCAGCUCCUCAACAAGUGUCACUGUAAGUGCUGCAGAGGGCGUCCUUCACACUGUCUCAUAUAAGCACAGAUGGAUUUGGUGUGUGUAAUGUUGGACCCACUGGUAAGACAAACACCCUUUUCCACAAAUAAAGACAAUCACAUAAAGUUGCAUAUAUUCAAACCUCAUGUGACAAAGGUGGGUUGUGCGCACAGAUCACAACAUAAACUCCAAAAAUGGCAUUAAAAUCUGAACCAUCUGUGCGUAAAUGACCCAUCACGCUCCGUGGCCUGGCUCUUUCUUUCAUAGAUGUUGGCAUAUAAAAUAAAUCUGGCCCACAAAACUGAAUAUUAUAAUAUUCGUAUAUAGGCUUAAAGUAAAUAACUCAUCUUAUCACUGAAAUAAAUCAUCUGUUCAGCCGCUGCCACAGGACGGGGGAGAGGACACAGAGACAUGUCCAGGUCAAGCAGUGCGAGAAAUAAGAGCAAGCGGAAGAAAGAAAAUGAGGGAGACGAAUUAAAUAUCUUGUUAACUUCAUCAUGCGUGUUUAUUUACUAGAUAUUUAAUUUAAUUUAAUGCGGUUUCAGCUGUGUUGAUUUGGUCAGGUUGAGUGUCCAAACGCGUGCCAAACGCGCUCAUCAGAUCAGAUAUAGAUCAGAAUAUAUCUUUAUAGAUCUAAAUGUAUGUGCUGACUCAGAUAAUUAGUUGUUGAUUAUUUAUUGCACUGAAAUGUGCCUGACACUGUGGAAACCUGCCUGUGAGGCAUCGGUGACGUAUGCCAUUACGCCGCCGGUCUACCAAAAUACCACUAGACCAGCUGCGCUCUGCCUGCGCUGAAAGCUGACCAGGUUUGAAUCAGGAAGUUUUUAGUGCACUUUAUACGCCGGUGGCGAGCAUGAAAAUGUCCCUGCGCCAGCUGAUUCUGUCGACACCUCCCUCUGCCACGCCACCACACCCAGCUUGGCGGACCUCGGUGUGCCUCAGUCCACGAAAAUACCAAACUGGCUGUACGCCGGGCUCCGACAGACAAAAAUUUCACCCUCUGCCGCCUCACCGGUGGACACGAAAAUAGAGCCCAGAGUGUGACAAACAAAGAGACAUGUUGGAGACAUAUUUGAUUGUCACCUCCAGUUAAACAUGAAAUAAUACCCCUAGAUCCCAUCUGGUACGUCCCCCCAGCUUCACUGUGAUUGUAACCAAAGGAAACCUAAUCAAAAAUUGAAAUGCUCAAAUUCCUCACAAAAUAAAUACAGAUAUUGAGAUCAAAUCCCUUUUUUACUUUCCUACACCCAGCCCAAAUACAAAGACUCUGUCUUUACAUCCUGGAAUAACAUGAGGGAAAAGUUUCACAAGACCCAGACGAAACUAUUUAAUAAGUCCUUUUUAAAUGAUCUAUUGUUACAAACAUGACCAAGAAAAAAAGUAUUAUUGAAUUUAUAUGCUUUUAAAAUGUCUUUCCCAGGGAUUCCUUUUGAAUGUACUGUUUUGUUGCUUCAAGCGAUUUUUCCGAAGAGUCUUUGAGAACAAGACCAGGAAGGUCUGCCUGUGCCAUUAUUUAUGUUCUGCUGCCUUCAAAAAGUUAAGUUUCCUCAAGAUAACUUGGAAAAAAAAAAUUGAACUAAAAGGCCCACUUGAAUCAUCAUUCUGGUGUCCCUCUACUGCAUUACAGGGUUGAAUUUAACAUUCACAAUGUUUCAAAGGAGAAAAUAUCAAGAUAUCAAGAGGAAAUAUCAAGAUAUGUAUUGUGUAUCUCAAAAAAUAUGAAAAAAAUAUUGCAGUGUUUGUAAUUUAGUUGUAAUUGACUGACUUGAGAUGAGAUUAUUGAGCACAUCACAAAGAAUCAAACGGUUUCUUGUUCAGUCCUACACAGACAUGUGUCGAUAGUGUCCAGUCUGGGUGUUGUGUCAGCCUCCCUAUAUACUCUACAUGUUGUUGAAGUGACAUUUUUCUUUUCUAGGUUCUAAUUCAAGUCCACAGGGACCAGGGCCGAGUCUUAUCAGUGCCCCUGCUGAACCUCAACGUCCAAGAAGACACUUUUUUAGGGCAAAGCUGGACUGUGACAACCAGCCCCCGGAGCCUGACCGCCUUUUCCAGCGCUGUUUCAUGGCUACUGUGACGUCUAUCAACGUUGAAGGUCCUGCAUAGGCUGUGAAGUUAUCAGACUUUUGAACUGCUUUUAUACUGCAACAUGCUUAUCACCAUUUCAAUCGUGAAAUUUCUGAUGUAUUAAUGAAAUAGUCUUUCUGAACAACAACAACAAGAACCUUGUUUCAUUUAACGUUUUGAUGUAUUCAGUUAGAGUUUGGGAAUUAUACAAGAAAUGAUUUGUUUACCUAAUGUGCAUUGCACCAAAAUGAAACAAAACAGGAGUGCUUUUGUACCUGAUGAUUGACAGAAAAUACAUUUUCAUUACUUUUACUCAUUGUUUUUGCCUGCUUUUGUAAAACAAGAGUGCUAAAGCAGUUUCAGGAAAAAGCAACUCUAAAAAAAAUACUUUUGGCCUUGAAUAAAAUAUUUCCAUGUCAAAAAAAAAAGAAGUCUUCAGAUGAUGAUGUGAUAUUAGAAAACGAAUGCAGAUCAAUUGUGUGUUUACUUCUAUCACUCAUGCAUGUAGUGUUCCUUGCCACAGAAAUAUAUGCAGACAUUAUCACAUGUUUCAUAAAUGAGCUCCACUGAGAAAUAAAUAAAUAAAUAACAGUCUCUGAGUUAUGAUGAUCAGUCAACACCACUCACUCUGAGAUGUUUUUGUUGAAACUGGGAGACAUAGCUGACUGUGGAUUGAGCAGUCUGACUGUGUCUGCAUCUUUAGGAGUCAUUGACUUGACACAUAUGCUGUUAAUUGAGACUGGGUAAUGAUAGAGGUAAAAAAUAAAAAAAACUCAGGGCGAUCAUGCUACUUCAAGAUGAAGAAAACUUCUUGCGGCAGCAGGUCGCCCUCCUGGAGUCACGAGCAGACCCAACCCCAUCCAUACCCACAGCAGAUGAAUUGGAAUUAUCAGGUUUGUUAUUUACAUUAUCAUGGUGGUAGUCUGGCCUGUGUCUUUUGUAUAUAAACUUCAUAUUGACAGUGCGUAGCUUCACGUCACUGUUGGUUUCUGAUUAAAAAUGAAAAAAUUUUUUUUUUUGGCAGCUAAAACAGAUUCCUCUUCAUAUACUACUUCCCCGGAAAAGAAAAGAAAGAAGAAUAGACACAAGAAGUAGGAGAAAGAGUCUAAAAAAUGUUAAUGUUGUUAAUUAAUUAUUGUACUAAACAUUCUAACUUAAAUUUUUGAUAUAAGCCAAAACAUUGUGGUGAGAAUGUUUUUUUCCCUGUUACCGCAUGUGGCCCCCGGGCCUUAGUUUGCCCAACUCUAGUCAAGGGUAUAUAUAUGCAGAGCAGACUAUUUCUCCCAUUAAUUAUUUAUCUAUUGUAUUUUUCUAUUACAAGUAUCUGCAUUUUUUUUAUUAUAUUAUAUAGCCUAUUUCCUUCCCUCUAUUUCUUUUCUAUGUGUAUGUAUAUAACGCUGGAUGACUGUAGUUUUCCCAUUGUGGGAUGAAUAAAGUAUAUAAAACUAAUUUCAAUACUU